CCUGCCUGCCUGCCUGACUGUAUAUAGAGAAGACUCAAGUGCAGCUCCACACAUCCUCUGAGACACACACGCACAGCAAGACGCAUUUCUUGAUACUGGUGGAUUAUUCAGAAAGAAGUUGGAUUUUGCCAGAAGACUCGUCAUGAAGCUCUUCCUCGUACUUGGCGCGUUGCUCCUGGUGGAGGCGGAGGGAAAUGCGGCGCGAAGCCAGUGGAGGAGGUCCAAGAGGGAGCUGGCUGCUCCGCUACACACGGGUGGCAUCCGCGACCCGCUGGGCUCGUACUGCCAGCGGCGAGGCGGCUGCUGCCCGGGACGGGACGACCUGUGCACCGUGCCCUACUUGGACACCAUCUGCUACUGUGACCUCUUCUGCAACCGCACCGUGUCUGACUGUUGCCCCGACUUCUGGGGGCACUGUCUGGGCGUGGAUCCCCCCUUCAUUGGCUCCUGUGAACGAAACGGGAUCAAGUUCCUCUCAGGACAAACAUACAAGGACAACUGCAACUUGUGCACAUGCGGCACGACGGGACGGUGGGAGUGUGAACAGAACGCCUGCUUGAUGGACGGCAACAUGAUCCAGGCUAUCAACAGAGGGAAUUAUGGGUGGAGGGCUGCUAACUACAGCCAGUUGUACGGCAUGACAUUGGACGAGGGCAUCCGCUACAGACUGGGCACGCAGAGACCCUCCAAAAGCAUCUUGAACAUGAACGAAAUCCAGAUGAACAUGGAUCCCCAGGGCGACGCCUUGCCCUCCAGUUUCAACUCGGCUGACAAGUGGCCAGGCAAGAUCCACGAACCUCUGGACCAGGGCAACUGCGCCGCCUCCUGGGCCUUCUCGACAGCGGCCGUAGCAUCGGAUCGAAUCUCCAUCCAGUCCAUGGGUCACAUGACCCCUCAGCUGUCCCCGCAGAACCUCAUUUCCUGCGACAUUAAGAACCAGGGCGGCUGCGCCGGGGGCCGCGUCGACGGAGCCUGGUGGUAUCUCCGCCGCAGAGGGGUGGUGACGGAAGACUGCUACCCGUACAGCGCCCCGCGACCCACGGCGACCGAGGCGGCCCGCUGCAUGAUGCAGAGCCGCUCAGUGGGCCGAGGAAAGAGGCAGGCCACACAGCGCUGCCCCAACGCGCACAACUACCAGCACAACGACAUCUACCAGUCCACGCCGCCCUACAGGCUCUCGGCCAACGAAAAGGAGAUUAUGAAGGAGAUUAUGGAUAAUGGCCCCGUGCAAGCCAUCAUGGAGGUCCACGAGGACUUCUUUGUAUACAAGAGCGGCAUCUACAAACACACGGACGUCAGCUUCACUAAGCCGCCGCACUUCCGCAAGCACGGCACGCACUCGGUCAGGAUCACCGGGUGGGGUCAAGAGUGGGACUCUAAUGGCGCUCCCAAGAAGUACUGGAUUGCCGCCAACACCUGGGGCAAGAACUGGGGCGAAGACGGCUACUUCCGCAUCGCCCGCGGCGACAACGAGUGCGAGAUCGAGACCUUUGUGAUCGGUGUGUGGGGCAGGGUCACCGUGGAGGACAUGCACCACCACCAGCACCAGCGCCGCCGCCACGUUUAGAGCCCACACAGCAGGAGCCUCAGAACUUCACCCUCCCCCACCCCAACCAACCAACCAACCAACCAACCAACCAACCAACCAACCAACCAACCAACCAACCAACCAACCAACCAACCAACCAACCACCGCAUCUCAGCUGGUUUUACUUGCCUUGACUAGCGUCUGAAGAAGCACGCGCAUCCACAAUUCCUCCGAUCAAGAGAAACGCAGGCGGCAAGGGGGAUGAUGAAAAGACAAACACUUUGAACGGAGCGGAGCAGUUUUGGGCAAACAGGCACAAAUCCCCCAAAAUAAGCGACACAGACACGCCCAGACAUUCUCUGGAAUACAAGCCCCAUGCAUCUAAGCUGUAGGCGGUUGACUUUCACAGUUUCACCUUCAGAAAAAAAAUGUUGUUUGGGCCAGAAUAUAUGAAACAAAAAGCAGUGAGUCAAGUCAUCAUGAUGACACGUUUGCUCAAAGUAGUUUAUUUUGCUACCCGUUGUACUGUAUUUGAUUAUUAUAAUUUACAAAUCCAACACUCAUGUGACUUAUUUUUAUACUUUGAUUGUUAAGUGCUUCUGGAGAACCAAAAAGAAAAAUGCAAGUUUCUCAGCAGUGAUGGAUAAAUAGAAACCCCUUAAUAAACAGACAAUGACGUUAGAUAAGUACACCUGCCAAAUAAUGAUCCAUUUGACCUCUCAUUCCAGAAGAAACACUGGGUGACUAUUUGACCUGCCAAAUGGUGAGCUCACUUAUAGCUAUCCUUCCUUUAACCAGCAUUGAGCAGCUAUUUGACGUGCCAAAUAGUGAGCCCACUUACAACUGGAUCGUAUUCAAGCCAUUUUGAAAGUGUGCAACAUGUUUGCGUUGCGGAUUGUGAGGAGUGCGGGGGGGGUCUACUUCACCUAAGUAGGGAUUUUCAGCUCUCACUUGAAAGUGAGCUAGGCUGUUAUUAUUGCUGGUCUUCAAUUACGCUCCUCUUCAAGCGCCGUAAUCCUGCCUCGUGAUCUUUCGCACCGUCGCUUCUUCCUUCAAACUUCAAAGAUAAACGCAUGUACGCAAUUGGACAGGCAGGGUGCAGUGUGGCGUGUCCGCCGUCCUCCAUCAUGUUGUGGUCCGGACGUCAACCCCCCAAAAAUGCCAACAUCCACUCCACAUUGUUGUGUGUGUAUGUAUGUAUGUGUGUGUGUGUGUGUGUGUGUGUGUGUGUGUGUGUACGCGCGUGUUUGCGUGUGAGAACGCCACACUCACUCGUGUGCGUCAUUUAUUUAUAAGAAGUAAAUUAAGCUACACUGUAUGUUAUUCCGCUCGUAUCUGUGCAAUGUUCGUCUCUCGGUCGUCUGGUGCGCCUUGCGUGUAAUAAACGCGAGUGAGUGUCCACUUGCGCCGCACAAUAAAGUCUUUCCAUCACC